CCAUCGUCUUAUCCUCACCCAAUUUAAUUUAGGAUGUCCUAGAAAAGAAAGAUUGAAACUCACUGAGUCACGCCAAUCUCCAACUCCACACUUAAAAUUGAAAAACAAAUCGUUGUUAGGGUUUUUGUAUUCUACCAAUUGAUUAUAAUUCUCCAUAAUUCGUCUUAAAAACAUUCCGGUUCAACAAUGGGAGCGAGUCGCAAGCUUCAAGGAGAAAUCGAUCGUGUCCUGAAGAAGGUCCAGGAAGGCGUUGAUGUCUUCGAUAGCAUCUGGAACAAGGUUUAUGACACUGAUAAUGCAAAUCAGAAGGAAAAGUUUGAGGCAGACUUGAAGAAGGAAAUAAAAAAACUGCAAAGGUAUAGGGACCAGAUCAAGACAUGGAUUCAAUCAAGUGAAAUCAAGGAUAAGAAAGUUAGUGCCUUUUAUGAGCAGGCUCUGGUGGAUGCUCGGAAACAAAUUGAGCGUGAAAUGGAAAGGUUUAAGAUCUGUGAGAAAGAGACUAAGACAAAAGCAUUCUCUAAAGAAGGUUUGGGCCAACAACCUAAAACUGAUCCGAAGGAGAAGGCUAAAUCAGAGACAAGGGAUUGGUUGAACAAUGUGGUUGGGGAGUUAGAAUCCCAGAAUGAUAGUUUUGAAGCUGAGAUUGAGGGGCUGACUGUGAAGAAAGGAAAGACAAAACCUCCUAGACUGACACAUUUGGAGACAUCAAUUUCACGGCACAAAGCUCAUAUAAUGAAGUUAGAAUUGAUUUUGAGAUUAUUGGACAACGAAGAAUUGAGUCCCGAGCAGGUCAAUGAUGUGAAGGACUUCUUGGACGAUUAUGUAGAACGUAAUCAGGAAGACUUUGAUGAAUUUAGUGAUGUUGAUGAGCUCUACAGCUCAUUAUCUUUAGAUAAGGCAGAUUCUCUUGAAGAUCUAGUUGCUAUUGGCCCCCUUUCCAAGGCUGCACCAAUUCUUGGAUUGAAGCCGUCUUUGGUAUCAUCGGCAUCUCAAGUGCCUCAGGUUAGUUCCUCCCAGGAGCAUGCUGAAGAUACAACUUCCCAGGAUAGUAAUUCUGAUAUAGCAAGGACUCCUCCCUCGAAAAGCAGUGUCAUCAAUACUUCUGCUGCAGCAACACCAACUGGGAGCUAUGCUACCCCUGCUCCACUGAACCUGUCACCUCAUAGUUUGUCUGUUGCUUCAACACCUCCAAUUGUUCUUCCAGGCUCAAAUCCUGCUCGAAGUGUUUUGGAAAGCACAGGCACCAGCAAUCCGUCAUCUCCUGUAAAUGUGCCAAAUGCUACAAAAGAAGAAGAUAUCACAAGCUUCCCUGGUCGUAGACCAUCUCCAUCUCUUGCCGAUACUGGAGUACGAGGCAUGGGUAGAGGAGGCCUCUCAAGUCAGACUUUAUCUAGUGUUCCCAUUGUUUCUGGAAGUGUGGCAUCUGGCAAUGGAGCCCUUGGUGUAGUCCCUUCGGUCUCCGACAUGGCAAAAGGAAAUAUUUUGGGGGCCGAUGAGAGACUUGGGAACAGUAGUAUGGGGCAAUCUUUGGUGUCCCCUCUUGGUAACAGAAUGAUCUUGCCUCAGCCAGCCAAGGCUAAUGAUGGAACUGCAUCUGUUGAUUCUAAUAAUCUUGGUGAGUCUGCUGGAAUACCUGGCAGAGUUUUUUCCCCUUCAAUGGUUUCUGGUAUGCAAUGGAGGCCUGGAAGCACCUUUCAGAAUCAAAACGAGCUGGGGCAGUUUCGUGGAAGAACUGAGAUAGCACCUGAUAUGAGGGAAAAAUAUUUGCAACGGCUCCAACAAGUGCAGCAACAAGGCCAUAGCAACCUGCUUCUCGCUGGAGGAAAUCUUAAGCAGUUUUCUGCACUACAAAACCCGGUCAUGCAGCAGUUCAAUCCUCAAAGCUCAUCACUCUCUAUCCAACCGGGUCUAGGGCUUGGUGGCCAAGCACCUGGCCUUAGUAGCGUAACUGCUGCCAGCUUACAGCGGCAACAAAAUUCCAUCCUCCAGCAGUCUAGUCAGCAGGCAUUGGCAACAAGUGUUCCAAAGGAUGCUGAUAUUGGCAAUGCAAAAGUUGAGGAACAACCACCCCAGAACUUACCUGAGGAUUCAAGUUCUGAAGCUUUUCCAACUUCUGUGCUUGCCAAGAAUCUCACAAACGAGGAUGAUAUGAAAGCUCCACAUUCAAUUGGUUCUCCUACUGCUGUAUCAGGCUCUUUGGUGGAACCUGCUCAAGUUAUCAGGGAUAUUGAUCUAUCUCCAGGGCAACCCUUACAAUCUAACCAGUCUUCUAGUGGUCUUGGUGUUAUAGGCCGGAGAAGUGUUUCUGAUUUUGGUGCCAUCGGUGACAACCUCAGUGGCUCAAUGAAUACCGGAGGAAUGCAUGACCAAUUAUACAAUUUGCAGAUGCUCGAGGCCGCGUACUAUAAAAUUCCCCAACCUAAAGACUCGGAACGUGCUAGGAGCUUCAUUCCGAAGCACCCUGCGGCAACGCCUGCUAGCUACCCUCAAGUUCAGGCACCCAUUGUGAAUAAUCCUGCCUUCUGGGAGCGCUUAAGCAUCGACGGAUAUGGCACUGGCACUGAUACCCUGUUCUUUGCAUUUUACUACCAACAGAAUACUUACCAACAAUAUCUGGCCGCAAAGGAGCUGAAGAAGCAAUCUUGGAGAUACCACAGAAAAUAUAACACAUGGUUUCAGCGGCACGAGGAACCGAAAAUCGCGACCGAUGAAUUUGAACAGGGAACGUAUGUAUACUUUGAUUUUCACAUAGCAAAUGAUGAUCACCAACAUGGAUGGUGUCAGAGAAUUAAGACCGAGUUCACGUUCGAAUAUAACUAUCUCGAAGACGAACUUAUGGUAUAACAGUAACCCGCUGAAUUUUGCCUACACGUAGAGUAAGUUAUGUCCUGUCACCUGCUGAAAUUUCAUUGAACUUUCUAGAAAGGCCUCAUGCCAUAGAUGAGAUGAGUUGAGAUGUCAAGCUUUGUU